CCGCCGGGAGCCCAUGGCCGAGGCGGGCAGACGCGCCGCCGAGCCCCCGGGCGAGCCCGCCGAGCAGGCAGCGGCCGCAGCCCCCGAGCCCCAGGCGGCCGCCCCGCCGCCGGCGCCCGCUCAGCGCUGGCUGCCCGGGGACCCGAGCCCCCGCGGCCGCUCCCAGAGUGACCUAUCGUCGUGCUCCAGCAGGGGCCGCCCGCUCCGGGUCCACAUCUCCGGCUCAGUUGAUGGACUUGACAAAGCUUCCAUAGCAAACUCAGAUGGCCCAACAGCAGGCUCCCAAACACCUCCCUUCAAGAGAAAGGGGAAACUCUCCACCAUCGGUAAAAUCUUUAAGCCUUGGAAAUGGAGGAAAAAGAAGACCAGUGACAAAUUCAGAGAAACCUCAGCAGUAUUAGAAAGGAAGAUAUCCACAAGACAAAGUAGAGAGGAGCUGAUAAGAAGGGGCGUUCUUAAGGAGUUGCCUGAUCAAGAUGGAGAUGUAACAGUUAACUUUGAAAAUUCAAACGGGCACAUGAUACCCAUCGGAGAGGAAUCUACCCGAGAGGAAAAUGUAGUAAAAUCUGAAGAAGGUAAUGGCUGUGUAGCUGAAAAAGCACCACCUCUGGAGGAAAAGGCAGAAGAUAAGAAAGAGAACACUGAAAACCACCCUGAAACACCGGCUCCUGCUCCACCUCCUCCAGCUCUUCCUAAGCCUAAACCCAAACCUAAACCCAAAAAAACACCGGGGCCUCCAAAAGGGGCUGCUGCUGGGGUAUGCCCCAAGGGUGACGAAGUGCCUCCUAUUAAAAAAAUUACCAAGGCUCCUGGUAAGCAGGCCCCCGUCCCUCCACCCAAGCCAGCAAGCCGAAACACGACCCGAGAGGCUGCUGGUUCCUCUCAUUCAAAAAAACCAACUGGGUCCAAAGCAUCAGCUUCACCAUCGACUUCCUCCACCUCAUCUCGUCCUAGAGCUUCAAAGGAGACACUUUCUAGCAAAACAGGGACAGUGGGAAUCACAAAGGGCAAGAAAAAAACCGGCAAGCAGCCAACCUCUCGACCGUCCUCAGAGGCAACCACUUCUGGCACGUCCGACCUUAGAGGAGACCCUUCCGAGACGAGGGUGGAGAGUCUCAAACCUGAGCAGACCGUCCCUGGGACCGAUGAGCAGACCACAGGCAAACCCGAGUCUGCGGUGCCUCCACCCGCUGUGGCUUCACCCCCUGCUCCCCCCGCCCCUCCACGUACUCUUGAGGAGCAGUGCACUGUUGCCCCAGACACGCCUGUGGUCCUGGUCAGCGAUGGAGCUGCCCUGCCUGCCCCUGCCUUAGACCCGAGUCAGCUUCUCUGGACCGAAGAGCCAACCAACAGAACCACUGUCCUCUCAGGCACUGGCUUAAGUGUUAGAGAAAAUGCAAAAUGCAGUUUUACAACCAAAGAUGAGCCGGGGAAGGCGGCACCUCAUCUGCUGACUCCUGGGCUGAUGGGAGAAUCUUCCGGAUCCUUCAGUGCCCCGGAGGAUGAAGGCCAAAGGGAAUACCAGGCCAAUGACUCUGACUCCGAUGGGCCUGUCUUGUACACUGAUGAUGACGAUGAUGAAGAGGAUGAGGACGAGGAUGGCAGUGGGGAAAGUGCUUUGGCAAGUAAAAUACGACGAAGGGAUACUCUUGCUAUCAAACUUGGCAACAGACCAUCUAAAAAGGAACUAGAAGACAAAAACAUCUUGCAGCGCACAUCUGAAGAGGAGAGGCAGGAAAUCCGGCAGCAGAUUGGAACCAAGCUCGUCAGGAGACUUAGCCAGAGGCCCACAACUGAAGAAUUAGAGCAAAGAAAUAUCCUAAAACAAAAGAAUGAAGAGGAAGAACAAGAAGCAAAAAUGGAACUUAAGCGCAGACUCAGCAGAAAGCUCAGCCUGAGACCUACAGUGGCCGAGCUCCAAGCUCGAAGGAUCCUGCGGUUUAAUGAGUAUGUGGAAGUCACCGAGUCUCCUGACUACGAUCGCCGGGCAGACAAGCCCUGGGCCAGGUUAACACCUGCAGACAAGGCAGCAAUAAGGAAGGAACUAAAUGAAUUUAAAAGCACAGAAAUGGAAGUUCAUGAAGAGAGUCGACAGUUUACAAGGUUUCACCGUCCAUAAAGAAGUGUGAGACUCUGGAAACAUAGACUGGUCAUCUUUGGGGGAAGCCUCUCUUCCUGAAAACCUGAUAUUGCACUGGGAUUUGAAUGUGUGUGUUUCCGUUUAAUUGGGGAAGGAAGUGUAUGGAAAGUGCUCCCCACCUAUACAGCCCAGAUAGGGCCAACAAGCAAAGGGACAGGUGCAGUGACUCUGCUGUCCAGCAUGUGUAUUGAUGGUAAGCAACACCAUGGUUACACCAGUUAUUCUCCAUCAGGAGUUUUAAUCAAGGAAGAUGAGCAGAAGACAAUCGCUGGGUCCUUGUUACCAGAAAGCCAAAUUGUAGAGUGUGGGUUAAAGAGAAAUGGGGACUGGAAUUGCUGGGCACUGGAAAGGGGUAGGGGUUGAAAAUCAGAAAAGAAGAGAAAUAUUUCAUUAUGUUAAUGAAGAAAAGAAAAAAAAAUCAAGGCCUAAAUAUUUUUGAAGUAGGCUUUUGGUAGCUGAGAACUUAUUAAGGGAUUUUGGAAUCUAAUCACCCAAUGUGGAUUCCUUAAAGACCGGAUCCUAGAAGAAUAUUCCCGUUUCACCGUUAUGUUGGUGCAGUAUAGUACCAUUAUUUUAUGUUGUGCCAGUGAAUCCAAUUGCCAGAAAUAAGUCCGAGUGUUUUCAUGCAUCUUUUUCUUAAAUGCAAGAGACGUUUAUUGACUCUUAACAAGCAUGCCUGCCCAAAUUUUGUUGCAUGUUUCAAGUAACAUAGCUAUAUACACACUUUUUAUUUUUUUAUACUCCUUAUCUCAUGUACCAGACUUCUACAAGGAUAACAGGACUGGGAAUAAAGUCAGAUGAACGUGACCCUAUAAAUCUGUAGGAAGCUCUAGAAAUAAAUCUUUUGGUCUUUCCCUAGCUUGAUUAUCUUCAAAGUGAAAGCAACUAUGCUUGAUCUAAGGAAGAUAAUAUUGACAAUCACAACACCUUUUUCAAAAAAAAAAAAAAUCUGAAUCCAAAGUUAAAACUUAAAUGCAAGUGUUCUGCCAGCAGUUAGGUCUGAGUGGGGAUGGAAAGGACUACUCAUUUUCAAGGCUGCAUUAGGUUGGAUUGCUGCUAUUAAAAAAAUUAAGUACAUGGAUCAAAAAAAUACUCACCCAAAGGCUUAAAAGAACACAGGGAAUUUCCGCUAAGUGGCAAGUGAGGAGAACCUCAUUUUAUAUUUUAAGAGUCUGCAGAUUACAUCCGUAAAUAUAGCAUUGACUUUCAGUGCAAAAGAAUCAGUGAGCUUAAAGUUUGGAAGUCAUGGAAGGUUUCUCUGGGAGUCUACACUCAGUAUUGAGACACCCUCAUUUGCCAUCUUGCCGUUUUUCAUGGAGUCACAGGCACAGCAUGGCUUCUGCUCCCAAACACAUAUGAUCAGAUGUAAAUACCCCUUGCAUUUAAUUGUUCUUUCAUGAUUGUUUUGUGCUCCUUGUAUUAAAAACGCAUGAGACAUAUAAUAACAAGACAGGACAUGGUAGACUUGUAUUUUAUUCUCAGCGCUCAGGCUAGAAUUUUCUGAAAUGUUUCUGGUUCAUAAUAUGGAAGACUGUAAUUUGCAAUUUCAACCAAAAUAGCAAACAUUUAAUCUGGGGGAUAAGUUUGGAUCCUGUCGUUCAUUUGUAUUUUACAGAACCACUUGAAAUUGAAUGAUUUUGCUUACGAAUAAAAACUUUUAGCCCCAGUUGGCCUAUUACAAAAAGCUGGGACCAUUUUAUAACCAAGAAAAGAAGCUGCCCUUCUUGCUGCACUCAGCUGUGUGCACGAAAAAACCCAGAUUCUUCACUGUUGUCGUUUUAGUACUAGUACAAGAUGAACUUUUGCUUUUGAAGAAAAAAAAAUUUCUGCAUGCCCAAGUGUUUUUUCUUUCUGGCUGAAAGGUUUGCCCAUGUCACAGUGGGCUCGAUCCAGCCAUGGGCAUUAAGUUAGUGCUGAUUCUUGCCCAAGUCCUCCCUUUCCUUAUAAUAUUACGAGAUGAUCACUUUUGUGUCUUGGGAAAAAGUCCAAGGAAUGUAAUGUUAUUUUAAUUUUCUAAUCUUUAAAUAUUACCUUAAUUCCUAGUCACAAGGCCUCUAUAAAAUGCUAAAUAUAAGACAUUUAUCACUGUUUUGGCACUCGAGAUACAGGUCAUGGCAAGUCUCUAUUUGAUUGAUAAAAGGAACAAUUUUUUUCCCCAUUCGUGGUGCCUGUGAUGCAGUUUUUUAAUAAUCUACAAUGAGAUGCACCCAGUUCAAAAAUGACACUCUGGUCCUUCAGUCUACUGUCUCGCUAGUAUGAUAGGUCAGAUUUAUGAACUACUCAUACUUUUUCUUCGUACCGAUUGACACAUUUAGAGAAAAGUUUACAAGUUAGAGAGAAAUGAAAAAGCCAAAAAUACUAGCACCGCUAGUCUAAUAUUUAAGAACCACCAAUUAUGUCAUGAGAAUGAUUCUUUAAAUAAAAAGCUGUGGAAACAAUCGAAGGGUUAUGAACUAACCUAUAUUUUGCAGAAUAAGGUUCUAUAUUAAUAGCUAAUUUGAGGAGACGGAAACACUGCAUAUUCACCUGGCAGCCCAUCCAGAGGUCUCUUGUCUGGAAGACCCAAAAGAAUGCAAAGUUGUGGACCACCCUAUGCCCAAUGCCAGCAUUUCUGCUGUCCAACCAAUAAGCUGCGAUUCUAUGAAGAAAAUAAAUAUGUGCAUGAAUUGGGCUGUUGUAACACAAACCAGGCUGUUCCCUACUUAACGUGAGACAUUAGGCUGACAUAGAGGAAAUGAGUUUUCCUGAGUCCCCAGGAUAUGAUUAGGGAAGCAAACAAACCCAUAUCCAGGAAGAUCCCAGGCAGGAAAGAACAAGACAGACUGUAAAACACAAAGGGGCCAUCUCAGUCUUUUGAAAAAUCAAGCAAAAGAGCAUUAACAUUAAGGUUGUAAGAAGAUGCCAUGGGCUUUAUCAGCUUCUCCAUGGUCUGACACAAUUAGUCCUCUGGUGAUCAGCAUGCAUUUAAAGCAGCCCUGCCUGAUAAUUCCCUGUGUAUGUGAAAUGUCUUGCAUUUUUUUAUGUUUGAUAUGAUUUACCUUUAUGUUAAUUCCUUAAAUUAUUUAAACCAAAUCUACAAUAUUCAGAGGAACAUUUUGGGUAUCUGAAUAGCUGUUCUAAGUGGAAGAAAAAGCAAACUCAUCCAUCUUCUCUGAUUUACCCAGAAAAGCAGACUUUCUGGUUUCAUUUUCAUCUCCUUUAUUAGCAUAAUGAUUGUAGUCACUUAUCUUUCUCUAACGUUAGUAAAUAUAUUUCUGUUAGAAACUUCUGAAAUGUAAGUGGAAAUCUAUUUAAGACAGUAAAGGAAUUGAAUGCACCCUUGAAAGUCAUCAAAUAUUGAAAAUGAGAGAUAAUUUCUUAAAACCUGUAAUUUGGGUUUCACACCCUGCAGUUAAUUCAGUGCUGCAUUGGUACUUUGAAAAAAUACAGUAACUUACACUUAAAAGAGAAAACAGUCUGCAUUAACGCUGCGUAUCCUGAUACGUACCACGUUUUAACAUGUAACAGGCGUUGUGUUUAUACCCAAUAGUCAGAGACAGCUUGCAAAAAUGAUACCGUAUUCACAAUAGAAGACAGCUUUGCCUACCACAUAGUUGUAGGUGCACAUUUAAAGAGUGAAAAUGCUCUUUUCCUCCUUUCUUGCUCAAAAAUUUCUUCAGUUUAUUAUUCUUUAAGUGGUCCCACAGUACAUUAAACAUAGUGAGAAGCCUUCCUCAAAAAUAGGUGAGAUGGAAGAAAUAUACGAUUAUGUCAUUUUCAUCAAUAUGGUAGCUAAAGCAUUUCUAAAUUCCAGCCAUAUUAUUACCCCUAACCUUACUAGUGAAAGUAUAUGAUUUGUGACAGGAAUUAAUUUCUUCACAUCAUUGGAGUAUGUUGUGAGCCGUAAGGAGCCGCUAGGAUGCAAUUUAUUUGCAGAGUUGUCCCUUGGCCUUUUGAAAUGGGUUAUGUUCCACUAUUGAGUAUUUGCUGUCUUCUUAUUGGCAGGAUAUAUCACACUGUUUUGCUUGGCAAAGCAGAAUGAACUUCUGGAACUGAAAUAUGUCCUAGAGAGGAAUGCCAUGGCAAAAGUCAUCAUCAAAUUAAUAGGACCAUUUUUCUGAGAGAAAACUUAUCUUUGGGUAGUUCAAAUUCAGAUUUCCAAGAGCUUGGCAGUGACCAAAGGCUGGUGGGGACAAAGGUAGAAUACUCCCAAACCAUUCUCACUUUCACUUUCCUUUUACUUUUGGUAAUAAUUAAGCAUAAGCUUUAUAUGAAAAUGGGAAUCACCAUAACAUUUCUAGAAACCAAUGGAAGCAUAGCUCAUAACGUCAUUUCAAAUUAACAAAUCCCGUAUACAUUCUGCAAGAUUUCUGGCAUAAAAUAAAAUAAAAUAAAAUAAAGAAUCCUGUGGCAGCUAUUCUCACCAAAAACCAACCCUACCGGCGAGGGUCAUUUUUAGCAAUGCUAGGAUUUACCGUACAAAAAAUGUCAUCCAGCUUGUCACAUUGCUCAUGCAAGGUGCCCCUAUGUGCAGAGCACUGUUGAUCAGUGUUUCUCAGUGAGGGUGCCUUUGACAUUUGGAGCUGGGCAAUUCUUUGUUUACAGAAAUGUUCCCCACGUUGCAAGACGUUUAGUAUCCUAAGCCCCUGCUAACUAAAUGCCAGUAGCAUGCCCAGUCACUGUAAAACCAAAAGUCAGAAGCCCUCCCCAGUGUUCAAAUGCCCACCUAAGGCCGUACCACCUCCCGUGAAUACCCCUGUCUAGUGCGGUUUGAGGACACACAGGGAAACUACCUAUUUCAAAACAUCGUCCUGACUGCCUUGCAUUACUUUGGGCCCUGAACAGUUUCCUUCCCUUUUACUCUUCAAGGCUUCUGCUCCAGGGAAGCUUUAGUUUGCCAGUUCUUCAGGGAGGAGGUUGUCUGGCAGUCUUGUCAGUUCGAGCGGGCAUAGUCACUUGGCUGGUCCCUCUUCUGUUCAGGAGAAAUUUCAGAUGAAGCCAAGUUUCUUCUCGGUUUUGGUCUCACAGUUUCACUUCAGAACUACACUGCUGAUCACAAUCUUUGUCAGUGUCAUGAGGAUUGAAUUGUACGGCUUAAUACACAACUAACAAUCCACGUAAACAAAGCCUGUGGUCCAUGAAAAUCACCAGUAGAUUUCACCUGGUAAGGUACAUCCCUUGAGUUACAAAGUAGUCACCUCUUUCCCCUCUUAAAAAAGCAUUUAAUCUACAUGCGAAUGCUUGAAUUCGCCCUGUAUAAAUAUAGUCAUGCAGUUCAAUUUUACUAAAAUUCUGAAGUAUGAAGGAAGCGUGGAUUAACUGGAUGGCAUAUGUAUUGUUCCUACUUCGAUGAUGGUCGUACACAAAACAAGAUGAAUUUUACCUAGGUGAAACAUUAUUAAACUAUGCGAACGAUACAUAAACAUACUUAUUCUCUGUCACUUUUUAUCACCAAAACUGAGUAGUAAAUAUGUCCUGAAAUAAUAUGCAUGAAUGGUGGCUUAUAGAAUGGAAUAAUUUAGCCACUAAAAUUUUUUUUAAUAUUAAAAUUUCUAAAUAAUCUUUUUCGAGACAGAGCAACUCAGAGUCGAUAAAGGUGAUUAUAUUGUGAAGAUUUAGAUGGUGCUUAAGAAUUCUUAGCUUGUUAAAUACCAGUAUUUUUUUUUUCUUUUUAAGAAUAAAUUAAAGGGAGUAAAUGAGGCAGAAUGCCACUGCACCCUCAGGUCAAUUUCAUGGUAUAUAUUAAAAUGCCAAUAAUAUUUGUGCCACUUGCCAAUUUAGGGGACUUUUCCCUUACUGGAUGCUUUUAUUAUAGUUUGACUGUAUCAUUACAUUGCUUCGAGAGCCUUCACAAAGAGAUGUCACCAUUGCAGUGCUAACUAGCAUUUGAAAACAAUCCGAAUAAAUCUAGGGUCAAACCACUUUCCUUACUUAAAAUAUAGGCACUAAUUUUUAUUUUUAUUUUUUUUAAUAUUUCUUCUGUGGCUUAGAAAUGUGCCAGUGUGUUCCAAACAUUCUGCACCAGUUUCACCAGAUGUAGUACCUAGCAAAAACCUAACCUGUCAUUUUUUUCUGUGUCAAUAGUGACCUUCAAAUAAAGCACUAUAUGCAUUCUUUUGUUAUUUCAAGCUUUGGUUUAAGUGGUUAAGAGUGGUAAGCUGUGAUCAUCAUCAGACUGACUGAAUGAUUCCUGAUUUCCAAUGAGUAAUCUAAUUCUACAUAUUACACAGGUACAAUAUCUGUGACUGUAAAUAACUGGAACUAUACACUGAUUAACAUGACAGUUUCUCUUUUUGUUGUUGUUGUUCUUGAUCUGUACUGUAUCAUAGUAUGUGGGUAGAAAUACCUCCAAGUAUACACAGAUAUGUAUAUGUAUUCCACUAUUGCAACCUGAAAGACAGACUAUGUAUUAUCUUUUUUUAUUCCUUACUGGUGUUUGUGUUAUUUAAAAAGCAAAAUUAUGCUCUCCUUAGUUGUAUAAUAUUAUAGGAUACUUUGCUGUGCACAAUUCCAAGUGCCUUAGAACAUUGUUUAGCUUUCUUAAGUAUAUAUAAAUGCAUAUAUGUAUAAAAUUGGGAAAAGUUACCUCAAUAAAAUCAUUGGGAAAUCCCCAACUUUAGUUUCUUCCAAUUCUAUUGUAUUGAGAUAGUGCUCGGUAUUUUUUAAUUAAAAGCUCACUGAGUUCUCCCCUGUAAAGCAAGAAUAAGGUAGUUCUUCUAAUUGUUUAUUAUUCCAACUGCACCUAAUUCAGAGAUUUCUGUAUGUAAGGUCUUGUGAUUUGUACUUUUUAUUUAAAAUACCUGUCUAAGAAUUACUGCGCGAAACAGCAACUUACAGUAUAUUUUUAAAACUUGCUUUUUUUUUUAUAUCUGAGGAUAUUUGAUGUUGAUGUUUUUAUUGACAUUAUACUGUGUAAAAAUAAAAGCUAGUCCCUUUAGAGUUUAUAAUACAGAAAAUAAACAAACUUCCUCAUUAUGCUUACUAUUUAAUGUAUUAUAAGCAAAGAGAGGUUGGCAGCAUAUUUUGGCCAAAAAAGGAAUUGGAAUAUAUUUAUCACUUUUUCAACAGUGGUUACAAAUUGUAACUUAGCCUCCCUCAACUCUGGGAUAAGGGCAAAGGUAUGAGAGGAAAGUUGACAAGCAAUUUGUGUAUCAUUAUCCUAGAUAGAAGAUAUAUAAGAGAAGACUGGGACUAAAAAGAUUCUUUAAAAUUUUUUUUUAAUGUUUGUUUUUGAGAGAGACAGCCAUGAGUGAGGAAGGGGCACAGAGAGAGGGAGACACAGAAUCCAAAGCAGGCUCCAGGCUCUGAGCUGUCAGCACAGAGCCCGAUGUGGGGCUCAAACUCACAAACAGUGAGAUCAUGACCCGAGCUGAAGUCGGAUGUUCAACCGACUGAGCCACCCAGGCGCCCUGGGACUAAAAAUUUGUAAAGUAGGUUUGAGAAACUGUCCCUAAGUAUGCUAUUAAAACUUAGCUAUACAUCCCCAAGGUAAGUAUAAUAGUUCAACAAGUACUUCCCAUUUUUGCUCACACUAAACUAGAGUCUACAUUGAAGCAUUAAUUUCUAAAACCCAGUAGAGGUAAGAAAUAGAUAAUUUUUUUUUUCAUUUUACAUAACACCGUGAUGGCAUCAGAUUUAUUGUGAUUGUCUCUUUGCUGGACUCCAACUCAGACAUCUGUAUGGAGUGGCUGUCACAAUGCUGCUGUCCACAUGGAAGCCAAGUCCUUGCUCAUUUUAUGGCUUUUGAACUCUGCCCUUUAACAGGUGGUCACUAAGAGUAGAACACAUGAAACUCUAGAGAAAGGCUAAGAACCUAAAAUUUGUGUGAAGGCUUUUUUGCUCUUUUGCCAAAAACAGGGACCAUUUCUAGGGUUUUAAGGAGAAAAGCUGUAGAUAACUUUCACAAUUAGAAAAAUAUCCUAAGGUGGAGAGAACUUGCAUUUCAAUGCUUGUUAACUCAAGGAUUUGUUCCCGGAUGGACUUUUGACCUCAGCUGGCCCAGGUCACUCUGAAAUAGGAAGCACUCAACAUUUGGAAGAAUUUGCCCCUAAUUAUCAAGUAGGCAUACUCAGCAGCUCAACCUUAAGUUAUAAGUCAUCUUCUCCAUUGUCAAUUUAAAUCUGUUACCUCUUUACGUUCAGCCCCUUGAUUACCUCUGAAAUCUUGGUCUUUGCCUGAGUCUUCCCCAACCAAUCCGUUCUUAAUCCUGCUACCACAUUAUUCUUCCUAAAGGAUAGGCCUCAUAUAAUUCCUUCUUAGAACUUUCCAGUGAGUCCCUUCUGCCUACUGAAUACCUCCCAGGUGCUUCAAGCUAGCCCUCAACAUCUGUGGUUUCACCAUAGACCACAGUUCCAGAUUAUUAUUUUAUUCCUCACUCGGGCCUAAGUGAAUGAAACUCGUUGUUUUCCAAAUAAAUACAUCAUGCAUUCUUCCAACAUCACAACUUUGCUUAAUUGCCAUUCCCUCGAGCUAGAAUUGUCUCCUGUUUAUUAACAUCCACCCAUCCUUCUAGGAAGGGCUCAAAUGUCUUCUCCAGCUAUUGCAUUGUAGUUUCUUUAAAGUGUUCAACACUAGGGGCUCCUGGGUGGCUCAGUCUGUUAAGCAUCUGACUUCUGGCUCUGGUGAUGAUCUCAUGGUUCAUGGGUUCGAUCCCUGUGUUGGGCUCUGUGCUGACAGCUCGGAGCCUGGAGCCUGCUUUAGAUUCUAUGUCUCCCUCUCUCUCUGCCCCUCAUACUCUGUCUGUCUGUCUGUUUCUCUCUCUCAAAAAUAAAGGGAUGGAAGACUAAAGAGCUUAACAAUGGCUAAAUUCUGAAGGUCCUUCUAACCUUUCUAAAAGAGUUUGAAAUUUAUUCUUAAAACGAAGAAUUUUAAGCUCAGGGGCAACAUCCUCAGAUUUGCCCUAAUUACGCUGGCCAUAAUGACAAGACUGGAUUGGAGGAGGCAAUGUUGGAAGCAUGAAGGCCAUUACUGUUGCCAUAAUCUUGACUGGAAGAUUAUGGUGGCCUCAACCAAGGUUUUAACUAAGGGAAUGAAGAGAGAGACAUAAAUUCAAGGGACAGCUGAAGGGUAAAAGUGAUUGUUGCCUGUGGUAAAUGAGGGAUAUGGAAAAGUAAAGACUAUACCUAUGUUUUCCGCUCGGGCAACUUGGUGGAUGAUGGUGAUGCCAUGUGCUGAAAUAGAAGGCAGCAAAGGUAAGGUUGUGUGAGUGGGGAGUGUGGGGACAGAGAGCCAGGCCAGGAGAGUGGAGGAGGUAUGGAGAGGUGAGGCAUUUAAUUUUGGACGUGAAAUUCAAUUUGGAUUGUCUGUUGAGACACCCACACGUGGGUAGAUGUAAGUAUUCAAGUGGAUAUAUGAGUCUAAACGUCAGGAAGAAGGUCUGGCCUACAUAGAGGAAGUUGAGAAUAUUAGCACAUGUAACAGAAACUCUGGAAAUGAAUACACCUCCCUAAAGAUAAUGUAGCUGAAGACUAAAUAAAUUAGCACAAUGAAAUUCAAUGAACUCUUUUUUCUUCACCAGACUUUGUCUCCAAGACCAUAAAACCAUUUCAUUUAUACAUCAUCUGAGUGCUUUGGAGAAUAUAUGUAUUUUUAAUUUUAACUGGGUUUUACUGGUUAGCUUAAUUUUAAGUAAAAUGGAGUAGUGUUUUAUGUACAGGGUUAAGUUGUAAAGCAAAUUAUAUUUGAAAAUAUAUUGUCUCAAAUACAAUGAACGUACAUAUAUUUCAAUAGGUUCACACAGACUAUUUUUACUUCAAUAGUGAAAUAUGUGGCUGGUUCUGUAAUUCAGCCACAGAUGAGGAAGUUAGUUUACAUUUAAGUACUAUCUUGUGUUAAAAAAAAAAAAAGAAAGAAAGAAAAAGAAAAAACAAGCAAACCUUACCUGAAAAAAACAAACAAACCUUACCUUUAAGCAUAAGAAUUACACUCAGCACAAUGAGAUGCUCAUAAGCACAGGGAAUAUAGUAAUCGAGGAAAUAGUGGUCAGUGUCUCACCCACAUUCCCAGUAUGAGUUCAUUGAUGGAAGGCAGGGAGAAUCACUCAAUAGUAAUGAUGGUAAUCUUAUUUCUUUCUCAUUUGCUGAAAACAUACAGUUAAAUUCAUAAGUUGA